AUGAAAUCAAAAUUCGCAAUUAUCACACUUUGCCUUCUUCUCUUGCUAGCGAUUGUCCAAGCGAGCUCUUCCAUUGACUUGCUGAGGAAGAAGCGUACUGUUUGUGCUUUUGGGCAGCGACUCUGCGGUACACGUUGCUACGGCGGUUCACAACAAUGUUUGGGAGGUAGUGUUGUUUGUGAUUUUUCACAGCGACUCUGCGGUACACGUUGCUACGGCGGUUCACAACAAUGCUUGGGAGGUACUGUUGUUUGUGAUUUUGCACAGCGACUCUGCGGUACACGUUGCUACGGUGGUUCUCAACAAUGCUUGGGAGGUGGUGUUGUUUGUGACUUUGGACAACGACUCUGCGCUGAAGCUAUUAAUCGAUCAUUUAAUGAAAUAAAAAGUUAUGUAGAAAAUCGUCGACAUAAUUUAUUACAAUCUCUUAAAACAACUCAAGAUCAUAAAUUAAAAAUUCUUAAUGAUCAAUUAAAUCUUAUAUUAAAUGAAAAAAGUAAAAUUGAACAAGAAUGUGCUAUAUUUCAGGAAGCUUGUGAUAUUCACAUAUUAACACAACGUAUUCAAGAAUUAAAUGAUCGUAUUGAACGUAUGUCAGUAUUAGGUGAACCACGUGAAAAUUCAUUUAUGAAAUUUGAAUUUCGACAUAAUCAAGCUUUGCAAGAUUUAGCACGUUCAUUAAAUAGUGUUGGUCGUAUACGUGUAUCAUCCACUUAUCCACCAUUAUGUCGAGCGAAGAUUGAACCAGCUGUUGCUAAUCUUCAAUGUGCUAUUCAUAUCGAAACAGUUGAUUAUAAUGGAAAUGUACGUAUCGAUGGUGGUGAUCCAUUAACAGUUAAUAUUUGGGAUCCAUAUGGAAAAUUAUGUGAAUAUAAUUUUCAUGAUAAACAAAGUGGAACAUAUACAAUUAUAUUUCGUCCAUUGAUAAGUGGAAAUCAUAAAAUUGAUAUACGAAUAUUUGAUCGACCAAUAUCAGGUUCACCAUUUACUAUCGAUGUAACUAAACAUAAUAAUCCAUUGUGGUCAUUUGGUAAACGUGGUCGUGGUGACAAUGAAUUAUCAAUGCCGGUGAGUGUUAUUGUUGAUGAUAGUGCAGAACGAGAACAAGUAUAUGUACUUGAUCCGGGAAAUAGUCGAAUCAAAUUAACAGAUACUCUUCUUGAAUCUACAAGUACUGGUCUUGCAUAUCGUUCUUCCACAUCUAAAUUUUAUCUACUUGAUUGGAAAAGUAAACUCAUAACAGAAUUUUCUAUCGCAAAUUCAGAUUCAUCAUCAAAUGAAAAUAGUCAGAUUACUAUACAUCAUCAAAUAACAUGUUCAUCAUUUAAUGAACCAGUUCAAAUAGCUGUAUGUGAACAACAUCAAAAUUCUUUACUUAUAUGUGACAAUAAUACAUUCUUAAUUGUUGAUAGUCGUACAGGUGAUUUAAUAAAUAAGAUAGAUACACGUUUAUUUGGUAUUAAAACAAUAAAAGGUUUUACAAUUGGUUUACAAGAUGAAAUUAUUGUUGGUGAUCAUCGUAUACAUAUUCUAUCUUAUGAAGGAAAAUAUUUACGACAAAUAUCAUCAUUAACACAACAAUAA